AUCAACCAAAAUACUCUUACUAAAUGACAUUAAGAAAAAAUGAAUGAGUUCUUUAGUUUAAAAAAAAACAAGAUCUUUUGGAUUCGGUAAAGGUUCUUCAUCAAGCUUUGUGUGACUGUUGAUCACUCUAUUGUCACAACACAAACUGGUUUUACCAUCUGACUUGAUAACACACACAAUCGGACAUAAUAUGAAAAAGUGGAUCUUUUAAUUAUUCCAAGUUACAAUAAUUCACUAAUUUCUUGUUCAACCUCUUAUCGGUCAAGUAUUGGUACUGGAUAAUGUUGAGCUUUCAAUCCUUUAUCUGUAUCCAAUAUAAUAUCAUGUUCUUUCAAAUUAGUUCUACAAGGCUUGCUUGUAAUCUAAUCUUGAUAUUUACUAAUAAGUUGCAUAAGCUUCUCGUUGCUGCUUGAAUUCGAUUACCUCUGAAUAUAAUUUGAAAACGGGGAAAACCUGCAAUUUUAUCUGGUGUUUCUUAAAAAGAGAAUAAAAUCGUUGGCAAAUAGAUAUGCCAAUCUGAUGGAUGAUCCAUUGAAGUUUUGAAAAUCAUAUUUCUGAUGUUUGAUUGAAACGCUAACUAAUACGGAGGGUGUGUACUUUGAUGUAAAGAUGUGUUCAAUAACAAUUAGAUGUUCUAAGCAUUCUGAAAUUAGAUUUGAAGUAACUUUUUUUUUCUGAUAAGAGGGUUCUGAGAAAUACAAAUUUACUGAGGAACGAAUCAAUGCUUUGUGAACUUGUUUUUGUUGAUAUGGUUCUCAAAGGAGUCACUUCAAGAUAUCUGGUAGCACUGUCAAUGAUGGUUAAGGCGUGUUUAUGGCCUUCUGAUGAUGUAUAGACCCUAAGACCUAUAAUGUCAAUGGAAACUUUUUGGAAACCUCAAUAAUAAGCGUAAUUGCCUAUAUGAAACUAUGUUAGUAAAAUUUCUUAACUUUAAUUUGAUAUUAAUGUAAUUAAAUAAUUACAAUGUUUAUAGUUAAAAAAUGAUAUAAUUGAACAUUCAGAUCUGUAUAUAAGUACGAACCUAGUGGAAGACAUUGUCUGUGACCUCAUUACAAUGAGGGAUCAGAGAAUGUAAAACACGUUAUAACUUAUGAUUCAUUCUUUGAAAGAAAUGUCAUUUAGUCCGGAAAAAAGCAAUCAGCACACUAUUUUUUUUAAGUAUAUGGUAUUGAACAAUAGGACUUAAACUUGUCAAAUAAGGGUGAAAGUUUUUAACAAUGUAUCUGUAACUUGAAACAUGUUUUUCUUCUCAACUCAUUUUUUUUUUAUUCACGGAUAAAUAUUUACAUGCUUACUAUGAAUCGAAUAUAUAAAAUAAUUGUGCUUAUAUCAAAAUUAGUUGUUUUUUUAGCUCAAGAGGAUAUUCUAAUAUGCUAUGACACUGAAGAAGGUGACAUUUCAAUAUUAAGUGUGACCUGGAAACCAAAACAAAUCAUAAACGCCAGAUUACUAAUAAACCAUAACAGUAAACUUAUCUCGCUGUGUGAGAGACAUCCAAUAAAUUGUCAAAAAAUACUAGACAACGUAGCAGUAACAAUAAUAAAAAUCGAUCACGAAGAAUACAAUAUAACUGUUUUUUUUAGCAAUGCUAAUUCUUCGGGUAAUUGGUCUAUUGAAUAUGAUUAUGGAUUUUUUAAACCAGCUCCGGAGCCUUGCCAAUUUAAAGUUUAUUCGAAAAGUUUUAUAGAAAUGAAAGACUGCCCUAGAGAAAUAGAAGAAGGAGAAACUGUCAAUUGUUCCUGUAAGUUGAAAAAUUCAAAGUCUGCAAAUGUCUUGUACAGCUGGCUUAACUUAAGUAACGAUAUCACUGAACUGAUUUCAAAUAAUUCUGAUCUAAUAUUUGUUGUAGAUAAUCCUUUACAAGUGUUUCUUUGCGUGGCUGAAGACGUUCAAGCUGAGAAAAAUUACACAGAAAAUUACAGAAUUAGAUUAAAGCCUAAACGUCAUAUUUCUUUGUUUAACUGCCCAGCAACUAUUCUUGACCAGCUUAGUCUUGUGAAUUGCUCCUACAUCUAUAGACCUAGUACAAAUUACUUUGAAUCGAUAUGUGAUGUUUGGUACAGCAUUUCUGAUAACACCAUGAGACUUGCAUAUGCAAACACAGUUUGUUCUAUAGAAUUUAUAUGUCCUGUAGAAACAUCAAUGAGAGGUACAUUAAUACAGGUGUGCAGUAGGACAACUUAUAUCAGUAACAGUAGCGUAGCAACAAUGGCACUACGGGGUUCGUUGCUCCAGGUCUACGACUAAUAGGGGCCCAAAAUUGGGCUCUUGUACGGAAAAUAGAGUGUUUACUCCUCCUACAUCAGGGCUGGCGUGUUUUGUUGCCUUAAGGUAGACCCCAGCAGCUCUCCACACAUUCCCGUUGAGGGUGAGUCACUCAUCACCCUCGACCAGAACUGACGGCAUUCCAGGCUGAGGUCCCAGGACCGGUCUGCACCUACUACGGGAGUAAGCCCACCGCGUGGCAUCCCUAUAUUUAUCACACUAGUGCCUGCCUACCUGCAGGGCACCAGCAACUGGCUACAACACAACGGAGCUUCAACUUACCCCACCCUGAAGGAGAACCUUGAAUACAGAUAAGUGAGAGAUUAGUGAGAAUUUUUAAGGCGGACUAAAUCCAGUCACCUUAAACAGGUACCUGACAUUUAUUUGGGAAAAAGUAAAGGCGGUUGGUAUUUUCACUCAGUUUGAUCACAUUUCUGAAAAAAGACUUUUAUAAUACUCACAUUUUGGUAUCAAUAAUUAUAAAUAUUCGUACUAAUAAAAACAUUUGUUGCAUAUUAUAUAAAGUCAGUUGGAUUGUAUAUUCUCUCUUGUUCCUUAAUUUGUAACAAUAAGUUAUUUAAUGAAUGAAAAAUGUAUAGAGUUGUUCAAUGAGUUAUUCAGUUACUCUCUCUCUCUCUCUCUUUGUUAAAUGAUGUAAGUGAACAUGUUAUUAAGUCCAGAUUUUAUAUGAGACCAUGAGCUGAAACAUGUUUUAUUUAAUCUUCAAUUGUAUUGAUAGAAAUAUUAAUAUUCGAGAGAAUUAAAUUGAAAACAAACUUAAUUUAGUUGUUUCAAAAAAA